AUGGCUUACGAAAAAGGUUCCGAAAAGAAAGGUGCUACUCUGUUCAAAACCAGAUGUCUACAAUGUCACACCGUUGAGGAAGGUGGUCCAAACAAGGUUGGUCCAAAUUUGCACGGUAUCUUCGGUAGACACUCUGGUCAAGCUCCAGGUUUCUCCUACACCGAUGCAAACAUCAAGAAAAAUGUCUUAUGGGAUGAGAAUAACAUGUCUGAAUACUUAACUAAUCCAAAGAAAUACAUUCCAGGUACAAAGAUGGCUUUCGGUGGUUUGAAGAAGGAAAAGGACAGAAACGAUUUAAUCACUUACUUAGUUAAGGCAACUAAAUAG